AUGGGUUUUGGGGUGGUACAAAAGAAAGUUACUAGAGACAAAAUCAGUAAGAAAGAAGUACGUGUCACCAUUGCAUGUGCUCGUCAAGGCAAGCUAGCACCCAAGACAAGUAAGCCAAAUCCAACAACCAAAACGGAUUGUAAGGCCAAGUUGAAUGCAAAGUUGGUUGAAACGAAGUGGUAUGUGACUAGUGUAAUUGCUGACCACAAUCAUGAUUUAAGUCCAGGAAAAGCAAGAUAUUUUAAAUGUAAUAGGAUAUUGAAUCCUAGUGUGAAAAGAAAGAUUAUAGUAAAUGAUAUAGCUGGGAUUGGACUGAGUCAGAGUUAUAACUCUCUUGCUGUUGAAGCUGGGGGGUAUGAGAAUCUUCCAUUUGUAGAAAAAGACUGCCGAAAUUUUAUUAACAAGGAAAGACAUCUUCGGCUUGGCCAAGGAGGUGCUAAAGCACUACGUGACUAUUUUACUAAGAUGCAAGCAAUGAACAAUGGUUUCUAUGCUGUGAUGGAUUUGGAUGAUGAAUCUAGGUUGAGAAAUGUGUUUUGGGCGGAUGCACGAAGUAGGGCAUCAUAUGAAAGUUUUGGGGAUGUCGUUACAUUUGACACGACAUACUUGACAAAUAAGUAUGGAAUGCCAUUUGCUCCUUUCGUAGGAGUAAACCAUCAUGGACAAUCAAUCCUUUUGGGGGCAGGAUUACUAUCAAGUGAGGAUACAAAAAAUUUUGUGUGGCUGUUUCAAACAUGGUUGGAAUGCAUGAAUGGUCGGGCGCCAAAUGCAAUAAUAACAGAUCAAGAUAAGGCCAUAAAAAAUGCAAUUGCAAGAGUUUUCCCAGGAACCCGACACAGAUAUUGUCUAUGGCACAUCUUGAAAAAAAUUCCAGAAAAGUUUAAAGCAUAUUCACAAUAUGAUGCCAUCAAGAGUGCCUUACGAAGAUGUGUAUAUGAAUCUCAGACAUGUGGUGACUUCGAGGUACCAGCAUAUCUAAAAGGUGUAUUUUGGGCUGGUAUGACAACUACACAACGGAGUGAAAGUAUGAAUGCCUUUUUUGAUGGGUAUGUGCGUCCUUCAACCAUAUUGAAGCAAUUUGUUGACAAAUAUGAUAUUGCUUUACGGAGGAAGGUUGAGAAUGAGGCUCUUGCAGAUUUCAAUUCUUUUAAUUCUACACUUCCAUGCUUAACCUUCUAUUCUUUUGAGAAAAAAUUUCAGCAAGUUUACACCAUUGCAAAAUUCAAAGAAGUCCAGGAGGAGAUAUUGAGUAGAAUUUAUUGUACUGUAUCCCUUUCGACUAAAGAGUGUGCAGUUUGUACCUAUCAAGUGAUUGAACUGGUACAAGUAUCAGUUGAAGAUGCAUUUGUGAAAGAAGUAAUAUAUGUUGUUUACUUGAAUGAAGAUGAAGAUGAGUUUGAAGUAAAAUGCACAUGUGGAUCCUUUGAAUCAAGAGGCAUCUUGUGUAGACAUGCCAUUUCUGUACUGACUGCACAUAACAUUACAUCAUUGCCCCCCAGAUAUUAUCUUGACCGUUGGAGGAAGGAUGUGGAGUGA